AUGCAGCCAUUGACGACCAAAUCCAGCCCAUGGCUCGGCAUCCACCUUGACAGGAAUACAUAUGCCCCAGGUGACACCAUCACCGGGUUUGUUCACCGAACAACACCUAUUAUUACCAUAGACGCUGAGGUAACAUGUUGUCUCCAUGGGCGGGCCUCCAUUGUUUCUGGUCUCGACACAAGACUUAAUUCGAAAUUCAAUCUCCUUACGUGCAAUGAGAGACCCGAUGAAAUAUACCGUGGACCUCUUUACUCUCUGAACAACAUGGUCGAGCGGUGGCCUUUCAGCCUGAAGAUACCCACUUGUGCUGACUCGACAACGAACACGGGCAGCACACUCGCAAGCUACAUGCCAACAGGAGCAAUGGACCAUCAACUGCCACCCACGUACUCACUCUAUUCGACGGGUGUCAUUGGCGUGUUUGUGGAGUACUUUGUGUCUGCAAAGAUACUCUUUUACGAAUACGACGGGGUCAAGAGAGUGCAAGCUUGGCAUCCCUUCAAGCUCGUCCAAUAUUCCCCAAACCCGCCCAUCGCAGACUUUGCGGUCAGGGUAUGGCGAUAUCCUGGGAGCGUAAGGAGCACCCGCCUGAUUCCUGGACGGCAAGACGAGAGAGGGUCGCUGUUCAGUUGGGCGAAGCGGUCUUCGAGUCGACCCGGUGAUCCAACAUUAAAAUUUGAACUACUAUUUGGGUUUCCGACUAGAAUCCAGCUGGACAACCAGACACCUAUACCAUUACGUCUGGCUGUCUUUCCAAAUUGGGACAAGACUUCUGAAAUUAUAAAGAAUGUGCCACAGAAAUUCAGGUUGCUCCUUAUCAAGGUUUCGCUCGUUACAUGUACCAAAGUCAUGACCCGGCAUGGAACAGAAAAGUACUAUACAAAAGCUGUUAACCUUGGCGUUUCAAAUGCUAUUGACAACCUACAGGAUGAAAUACAAAUUCCAUGUACAAGUAGCUGGGAACCUAUUGAUGUUGGAAAAAUGAUAGAUCUUCGCAUCACAUCGAAAUGGAUUACUUGUGGGUGGAAAGAAGAGCAGUUUACGCCGUCAUUUCGGACUUACAACAUGACUGUAACUCACAAGUUACGGUGGGAUAUCGAGUUCAAAGUCGCGGGCGACACUUUAUUUGUCAAAGGAGAGGCAAACGUGCUUUUGCUGAGGUCCUGUGAUGAACGGGAGCAGAGUAACAGGGGGCUUGGACUAUCAGAAGUUGAGGAGGACGAUUCGUGGAUCAGACCACCACCAGAGGAUGAAGCUCCGCCGUCUUUUGCUGAUGCAAUUGUGAUGGGAAGGAGAAUAGAUUCUCAAGAGACAUGA